AUGGAUAUUAAAAAUUUAUUUUGCCGUUUAUGUGCUGAAUUACAGCCAGAUUAUAAUUUAUUAGAAAUAAGUGAUGAUAAAGCAACAAAUAUGAAUUUGGCCAAUAAAAUAAUGCAAUGUUACAAUGUGAAAAUAACGAAAGAUGAUGUUUUACCGCGACAUGUUUGUUCGAAUUGUUGUGAUAAAGUGAUCAAUGCAUUUGAAUUUCAUGAAUUAGUACACAAAUCACAAGAAUUCUUAAUGAAACAAAUGAUCAAAGUGAAACAAGAGAAUAUCGAAUCAUCAAAUUCAUAUAACGAUGAUUUAAAUGUAAAUGAUUUUAGUGAUGAUUUCUUAAAUACUACUAAACAAGAAAAUAAUUCUGAUGACAGCAAUUCUGAAGAUGAAAACUCACUGAUACAAAAUAAAUCUACAUUAAAGGAUCCACAAAAUAGUAUAUCUAAACGAGAAUAUUUGUCUGACCGUGACGUUGAAUGUGUAGUCAAAGAAAUUAAAACACCAAAACGGAAAUCCAAAAAAUGGAAGUGUGUUGAUUGUGAUAUAUACUUGGCAAAUCAUAUGAAAUUUCGUGAUCAUUGCUUGAAUGAACAUAAUCGUGAACCAGAAUUUCCAUGCCCAGAUUGUUCAAAAGUCUACAAUAAAUACGAUAGUUAUUUUGCACAUAUACGAUCACAUAAAGGAAAAUUUGUCUGUGAAAUUUGUAAUAAAGUAUGUCGAGCUAAUUCAAUAUUACAACGUCAUAUGAAAACACAUUCAUCUGAAACUCCGUUCCCAUGCAUGGAAUGUAAUAAAUCAUUCAAAACUGAGGAAUAUUUACAAAAACAUCAGAACGUACAUUUGCCUGAAGGAAUUAAAAAGAAAAAGCCAAAAGUUUAUUCGUGCGAUUUAUGUUAUAAAACAUUUACAAAAGAAGAAAAUUUAAUAGCACAUAAAGAAAAUCAUGGUCCUGAAGAGCCCGCUAGAAAUUUCGUAUGCGAUAUAUGUGGUAAUAAUUUUACACGAAAGGGUAAUCUAAAACAACAUAUGACCACACAUAAUAAUGCAGUUCCAUUGAGAUGCGACAAGUGUCCAACAGUAUUUAAAAACGAGCGCAGUUUACGAAGACAUCAAAUAUGUCACACGAAUACUAUGCCAUAUACAUGUGAUGUAUGUUUACGACCAUUUCGACAUAAACGUGGUUUAAAACGACAUGCUGAAAUUCAUACGAAUCUAUUACCUCAUGAAUGCGAAUACUGUCAAAAACGUUUUAGACAAAAAUCCUUUUUAAAGAUACACAUAAGGCAACACACAGGAGAACGACCAUAUUCCUGUCUAGAAUGUAAUCAUAGUUUUACAAAUGAUUCGAAUUUCAUAAAACACUUAAAAGGACGCCAUGGAUUAGCUAAUGUUUCAGUAGCAAAUCAACGGCAGUAUCCAUUUGUAUACAAAACGGAUGAAUAAAAAUAUAUAAAGAAAGCAUAUUAAUGAGGAAAAUUUAUUUAUUGGGAAUAUGAAAAGUACUAAUAUAUACUCUGCGCCAAAAAAUCUACAAGAUCUUGAUUUCGAUAGCGUGUGUAGCAAAUUUAAUAUAGUGAGCUAUAAUCAUAAUUAACAUAAAAUAAUUGUGGUGUAGUUAUUAUGUAUUCUCUA